UUGCUUGCAGUGGGAGGUUAAAAAGAGGAAGUCAAUGUCAAUUUGGUCGGUUGUUCUGAUCUGUGAAUGUUAUUUCCCGCUAAUUUUCACAAUUUGUUGUUUUACAUUAACUAGCACUUUUACUGGUGUUUAGUUAUUUUCUGCAAAACACAGAAUGCCGUCACCCAGAUCUGAAGGCUCGCGAACACCUCGAAGGGAAGUGGCAAGGACUGCCAGAGCCCCCGGUACCCCAAGUUCAGAUGGCUCGCGUACACCUAGAUCUGCAGCAGGCUCGCGUACUCCACGCCAUGGGUCGCGUACUCCCAGUAGGGGAGAGAUUCCAGAGACGCCCUCCAAGUCACCCAGAAGACAAACCCCUGCAAAAAGCGUGGAUACUCCUAUGCGCUACGGUAUUCGCAAAGGAAGCAUUGAUGGCGAGCAGGAAAUUCCUGCUUCUCCCGCCCAUAGCCAGGCUCCAACUAGUCCGGGACCUGGUCUGACAAUGAGUGAGAUAGAUCUGAGCUCUCCAUUAAAUUAUGGAACUCCUAGUUCAAUGGGAUCGAUCAGAACGCCCCGAUCUGGCAUUAGAGGCACUCCCAUCAGAAUGCGGCCAGAUGUCCGCUCUGACAAAAGGAUACGGCAAGUGAAUGUUGGAGGAGACCUCCCAUUGGACGCAAUUCCCGAAGACAGUGAGACGGACUCCACUGCCCCCAAUUUGGUUAUAUGGGGCACCAAUGUGUCGGUUGCCGAGUGUAAGGCGAAAUUUAAGCAAUUCGUCCUCAGAUUUAUCGACACCAAUGCGGAAGAAGACGAGAGAACUGAUGACAUGAUUCUGAGCGAGCCGUUGUAUUUACAAAAACUGGAAGAGAUUCAUACGUCAGAAGUACCGUUUUUCAAUGUGAAUUGCACUCACAUCGAAACAUUUGAUACCCGUCUAUACCGGCAGAUGAUUUGUUAUCCCCAAGAAGUGAUCCCCACCUUCGAUAUGACCAUCAAUGAAAUGUUCUAUGAACGCUUUCCGGCAGCUGUGUUGGAGCACCAGAUUCAAGUCAGGCCGUUCAACGCUGAGAAAACGAAGAAUAUGAGAGCUUUGAAUCCGGAAGACAUCGAUCAACUAAUAACCAUCUCAGGAAUGGUAAUCAGAAGCUCGAACAUCAUGCCGGAAAUGCGCGAGGCCUUUUUCAAGUGCAUCGUGUGUCAAUUUACGGCAACAGUUGAAAUAGAUCGCGGCCGCAUUACGGAGCCGACGCUGUGCUCUAGUUGUAACACCAAUCACUGCUUUACAUUGGUGCACAACCGGUCUCAGUUCACCGACAAGCAGAUGGUGAAAUUACAAGAAUCCCCAGAUGAUAUGCCAGCCGGCCAAACGCCGCAUACGGUUGUUCUUUUCGCGCACAAUGACCUGGUCGAUGCUGUGCAACCAGGUGAUCGAAUCACAGUUACUGGAAUUUACAGAGCGCAGUCCAUCCAAGUGAACCCGAAGCAGCGAAACCUAAAGGCAGUCUACAAGACUCAUAUUGAUGUGCUGCACUUUAGGAAAGUGGACCAGAAGAGGCUAUAUGAAGAAGAAGAUGGCAAGGACCACCGAUUCCCACCGGAACGCAUCGAACUGCUGAACAUUCUGGCCCAGAAGCCCGACAUUUACGACCGUCUGGCCAGGGGUAUCGCGCCAUCAAUCUACGAAAACGACGAUGUGAAAAAGGGCAUUCUGUUGCAACUAUUCGGAGGCACGAAAAAAAACUUUACCACUUCGGGAAGAACCAAUUUCCGGGCCGAAGUCAACAUCCUUCUAUGCGGGGAUCCAGGUACCUCAAAGUCGCAGCUUUUACAAUACGUCUACAAUUUGGUACCUCGAAGCCAGUACACUUCAGGAAAAGGUUCUUCGGCAGUUGGCCUCACAGCCUACGUCACGAAAGACCCCGAGACUCGGCAGUUGGUGCUGCAAACUGGUGCUUUAGUGCUGGCGGAUAACGGCAUUUGCUGCAUUGAUGAGUUCGACAAGAUGAAUGAUUCGACUAGAAGUGUCCUUCAUGAGGUGAUGGAACAGCAAACACUGAGCAUCGCCAAAGCGGGGAUAAUUUGCCAACUUAAUGCCAGAACCUCGAUUUUAGCGGCAGCCAAUCCAAGCGAGUCCCAGUGGAAUAAAAACAAGACCAUCAUUGAAAACGUCCAGUUGCCCCAUACACUCCUGUCCCGGUUCGAUUUGAUCUUCCUGCUCUUGGAUCCGCAAAAUGAGCUGUUCGAUCGCAGGCUGGCCAAGCAUUUGGUCUCGUUGUAUUAUAAAACGCGGCAGGAGGAAGACGACGAAGUCUUGAACAUGUCCAUCCUGAGGGAUUAUAUUUCGUACGCAAAAGAGCAUAUCAGCCCCAAGCUGGGCGAGGAGGCUUCUCUGCGUCUGAUCCAAGCAUACGUGGAUAUGCGCAAAGUGGGGUCUGGCAGGGGGCAAAUCUCCGCGUAUCCUCGCCAAUUGGAAUCCCUGAUUCGACUGUCUGAGGCUCACGCCAAAGUGCGCUUUAGUCACGUGGUGGAGGUUGAGGACGUUGAAGAAGCUUGGAGGCUGCACAGAGAAGCCCUGAAACAAUCAGCAACUGAUCCCUUAUCGGGAAAAAUUGACGUCGGUAUUCUGACGACGGGACUAAGCAGUGCGGCACGGAAGCGCCGUGUUGAGCUGGCGCAGGCUUUGAAGAAACUCAUUGAUGAUAAAGGAAAAGUGCCCACUAUCAACUAUCAAAAGCUCUUGGAAGAGCUGAAGGGGUCAUCUCAAGUGAUGAUCACUCGGGAACAAUACGAGGACGCCCUCAAGGAUCUUCAAGAUGAUGGCCUUAUAGUCGUGAUGGGAAAAACCACGAUUCGAGUUUGUAGCAAUAGGGAUUAGUAUUUUUUGAGUACCUUGUUUCUCUCCUCUCUUUUGUACUUAAUUUUCCAGUAAAAAUUUAAAAAUAUCUAGCUUCAA